CCACUGUCCAGGCCCCAGGCCUGGCCUGAGCUUGGAGGAUCUGGACCAGUCUCCACCAGGGAGGCAGCCCCUGGGGUUGGAGGGCAGAGGCCAGAGGGCCAGGCCCAGUCAGGACCUCUCAUUUCAUCUCAGAGGUACAAUAAAAAAAGCAUUUUUGUCAUGCCUAGAGAGUGACAGGUCCUGUUUCCUGGCGUUGCUGCAGGUGGGGUUAGAGUUGGAGGCAAGACUGGGACUGCUUUGGGACUGAGAGCUGGAGGGAUUGCUCCAGCAGCCUGGGAAGGCUAAGGACAUGCACUACGUACUAGAUGGCUGCUGAGUGGCUACUCUGACUCAGUUUCCUCAUCUGUAAAAUGGGCAUGAUGGUAACACCUAGCUCAGAAAGUGGUUUUAGGAUUGAGUCUGGUUAAGCAGAGCACUUGGCCAUACUGGGCUGGCAGCGUGGGAGUGUCAUGGAGAGGGGGUGUUACUACUGCUGAAUGACCACUGGGAUUGAUGGGAAAUCCAGGGUCUAGCGGCUGAGUUGAGUGAGUCAGGAAUAGAGGACCUAUGGCUGAAGGGAGCAAGAUUUGUAAAGGUGGGGUGGAGAAUGUGGUUUAACAAGUAACACAGUAUUGGGGAGAGGGAAAUUUCCCCCUCUACCCCUCUUGAGUUCUUGGCUGGACUAACAAUAAAAUUGACACAAAACAGAUUAAUAGGAGAAAAAGAAAUUUUAAUCAUGUGCAAGGAGGUCUCAUAGAAAUGGGACCUAAGAAGUGGCCAGAGCAGGCAGCUUUUAUACUUUUUAGACAAAGAAUAAAUUUGUGAGGACUUGACAGGACAAAGAAGCAUAUUUUGGAUGCUCAAUUAGUAGAGAAUCUAAACAGAAUGGGCUUGGGGGUAGUAAAUUAAAGAAUUAACAAGGUUUGUUUAUACAGACUUCUCAGCCUGAAUUCCCUAUCUCUGGAAAUCAGGGUGUCCUACCUCCAGAUACAGGGAGUGUACCUUUUGCAUAGAGAUUUAUUUCUUGUUUUCAGGGAGACAGAAAGGAGGGUCAGAAUGUCUCUCUUGCAUUGGACAUUUCUCAAGUGACUUUAAUUCAAAAUAAUCAGCAUGCCACUGAGGCACAUGCCACAAGCACCAAGCCUGCUUGCCCCUGGGAAUCUGUGGGUCAGCAGACUGACUUAAACCUCACGACGGUUGGAUGGACCCUACCCUACCCUGCCAGCCUGCCUCCUCUGUGCCCAGAGGUUGAAGUCUUCAACCCCACCCCUCCCCAAGCUGAUUCAGCCCCUGGAACAGAAGGCAGAACUGGCUGAGAGUACAAAGGACAGCCGGACACACAAAUGGGCAGCUACAACUGUGUGCAGCCUGUGGGUGGCCAGUGGGACACCUGUGCCUCUUUAUCUUCCCUCUCCAGUGGCUGCAGAAGAGCCAGGGAGGCUGGCACAGGGUCAGCCAAGAAGAUGCCACACGUAUGCUUUUGUGCAGUUUCCCACCUCUCAUUCUGUCAUACAGCAUCACGAUUACAUCCUCUCAUCGUGCCAUCCUCUGUCACACCCAACCACCAUCUCACACUCACAUUGUCAUACACACAGUCACCCACUGAUACACAGAUUUGCCUACACAGUGGUGCGAUCACACAUGCGCCCAUCCGUUCAUUUAUCCUUCAUUCCUGGCACGCUGUCCGUCUGUUCUGUGCCCUGCCAGGGACGGAAUACUGCGGGUACAUGGACCAGCCUCUUGGAGCUCACAGAUAUUAACCAAUAACCUCUCCACACAGGGAGCAUUGAGGCAGUCAGGGAGGCCGCCCCUGAGGAGCUGAGGCCUGAGGAGGGGAGAAGUCCAAGACUCGCGGGAGGGGGUGGUGGAGCAGGCCGGAGCCAGACCCAGCAGGACUUUUCAAAGCUGUACUCUGAGAGCGAGGCGGCGCUCAAGAGGGCAGCUGCGACGUUUCCGCUCACCACGGCAGGGCAGCGCCGCGCCAUGGCCAGCAAGCGUCGUGAGGGCGAGCACCCAUCCGUGACGCUCUUCCGUCAGUACCUGCGCAUCCGCACCGUCCAGCCCGAGCCCGACUACGGGGCUGCUGUGGCCUUCCUUGAGGAGAGAGCCUGCCAACUGGGCCUGGGCUGUCAGAAAGUGGAGGUGGCAGCUGGCCGUGUGGUGACUGUGCUGACCUGGCCAGGCACCAACCCCAGACUCUCUUCCCUCUUGCUCAACUCCCACACCGAUGUGGUGCCUGUCUUCAAGGAACAUUGGAGUCAUGACCCCUUUGAAGCCUUCAAGGAUGCUGACGGCUACAUCUAUGGCAGGGGCGCCCAGGACAUGAAGUGUGUCAGCAUCCAGUACCUGGAGGCUGUGAGGAGGCUGAAGGCUGAGGGCCACCAUUUCCCCAGAACCAUCCACCUGACCUUUGUGCCAGAUGAGGAGAUCGGGGGUCACCAAGGCAUGGAGCUGUUUGUGAAGCGGCCCGAGUUCCAGGCCCUGAGGGCUGGCUUCGCCCUGGAUGAGGGCCUGGCCAACCCCACUGACGCCUUCACUGUCUUUUACAGUGAGCGGAGCCCCUGGUGGGUGCAGGUCACAAGCACCGGGAAGCCAGGCCACGGCUCACGAUUCAUUGAGGACACAGCAGCAGAGAAGCUGCACAAGGUUGUGAGCUCCAUCCUGGCUUUUCGGGAGAAGGAGAGGCAGAGGCUGCAGUCAGACCCUCAACUGAAGCAGGGGGCCGUAACCUCCGUGAACCUGACUAAGCUAGAGGGCGGUGUAGCCUAUAAUGUGGUCCCUGCCACUAUGAGCGCCAGCUUUGACUUCCGCGUGGCACCAGAUGUGGACCUGAAGGCUUUCGAGGAGCAGCUGCAGGGCUGGUGCCAGGCAGCUGGCGAAGGGGUCACCUUCGAGUUUGCUCAGAAAUGGACAGAGCCCCGAGUGACAUCUACUGAUGAUUCAGACCCCUGGUGGGCAGCUUUUAGUGGGGUCUGCAAGGACAUGAACCUCACCCUGGAGCCAGAGAUCUUCCCCGCUGCCACAGACAGCCGCUAUCUUCGUGCGGUGGGGGUCCCAGCUCUGGGCUUCUCACCCAUGAACCACACACCCGUGCUGCUCCACGACCACGAUGAACGGCUGCAUGAGGCCGUGUUCCUCCACGGGAUCGACAUAUACACUCGGCUGCUACCUGCCCUGGCCAGCGUGCCCACCCUGCCCAGUGAAAGCUGAGCCCUGUGCUCUCCAGCCUCCACCCCUGACCAGUGCCAAGGACCCUUCUUCCCUCCUGCCCAACAAUAAAGUCUGUGUGGACAGGGACCACUUCUGAAGUA